CUUCCAUCGCCGAAACGUGAUUGUGGUCGUUCAUUUAACACUGCCACUCUGUGCGUAUGAAAAUAAAGUAACUUUCCAAUUAGUUAUUCAAUUUAAACGAAUGUAGACGUCUUUAAGUAUUAUUUGGGAUCAAUAUAAACCAGACUUUGCACCCGAUCUGAGAAUUAUAGUCUUAAGCACAGCUCUGUCAAUCACCAUGGGAAAGAAAUCCAGGUCUACCUCAUCGACUCCAUCAAAACAGCAAGUAUAUAUUGGUGACAGACAACUACUGAAAAGGGUCGAAUUAUAUUUGAGUUCUCAAAGUCACAUGAUUGAUAUUGACUGUAUGGUGCAAGAUUUACAAAGAACAUACUGUGAAUAUAUGAGAAGGAAGAAGAACGUUUUUCGAAGGUCAGUACAGCGAGUGUACGAUUGGUUGAAAAGUGAGGCACAGAGAAAAGAGUCUAUUGAUAUUGAUGAGUUGGAAGAUGAACACAUAUCAAAACGACUCAAGAAGGAUGAUAGUAGUGAUGAUAGUGGUGAAGAAAGUGACAUUGAGUUCUCUCCAGACAACCAGGAAUAUGUUGAAACACAGGACACAAAUAUGGUGAAUAUCUCCCUGACAAAUCUGUAUCAACAGAAGACACAGACUCCUGAUUGCCAUAGCACCUUCAUUCCCCCACAUGGUACUGACAGCACAAAUAACCCCAAAGAUAGGUUGUAUUUUUUGGACACUAAGGGAGAUCAUUGUCCCUCUGAAGUACCAGCAAUCAGAACUGAGGAAGGACGGAAAAGUGAUGAUGAAGAAAAGGAAUCAGAUCAUAGUAGAAAUGUAAAUGAUAACAUCAUGGCACAAGAAGAAAGCCAACCCAAGGAAACUAAAAUGAGUGACAUGAAUGUUGAAAAAGAAAAGUCAGGGAAAAGAAAACGCAAAUCUCUUUCUGUAGAGCGUGACAAGAAUGAGAAAAAACAAAGGUUACUGACAGAAGGUAGAAAAUCCAAGAAGAAAGGAGUGGAACUACAAAACUCUACUGUUAGUUUUGAAGAUAUUGGUGGCAAUGAACACAAUAUACAGGAAAUUUGUAAAUUAUUGGUACAUAUGAGACAUCCUGAAGAGUUAGAUCUGCCAUUUUUAAAAAUAGCGGCUCCUGAGAUAGUAUCAGGAGUGUCAGGUGAAUCAGAAGAGAAUAUCAGAGACCUUUUUGAAAAAGCAGUGCUCAGUGCGCCAUGUAUUGUAUUUAUUGAUGAAAUUGAUGCAAUUACACCGAAAAGAGAAACUGCACAAAGAGAAAUGGAACGGAGAAUAGUUGCUCAACUUCUUACAUGUAUGGAUGAGUUGAGUACAAGUGCAGCUCAAGUGUUAGUUAUAGGAGCAACUAAUAGAGCUGAUUCAUUGGAGCCAGCACUACGAAGAGCUGGAAGAUUUGACAGGGAAAUAUCCUUGGGUAUACCUGAUGAAGAAUCAAGAAAAAGAAUUAUGCAAGUAUUAUGUAAAAGUUUAAAAUUGUCAGAGGAUUUUGAUUUUAGUUUUCUGGCAUCACAAACACCUGGUUAUGUAGGAGCAGAUCUCAUGUCGCUUUGCAGAGAAGCUGCUAUGUGUGCAGUUAACAGGGCAUUUGAUAAGCUAGAAAGUAAACAAGAUUCAUCGGUCAGUGUUGUUGAUGAAAACGCCAGUGAUAAGGAUGUUAAAUCAGUUCUUUCUUGGUUAAGGGGCCAACCUCCAUUGACUGAGGAGCAACUGCAGGAUCUUUAUAUUAAUAUAGAUGACUUUAAAGUAACUUUACCACUUGUUCAGCCAUCUGCAAAACGUGAAGGAUUUGUGACAAUACCUGAUGUUACUUGGAAUGACAUUGGAGCAUUGGAAGCAGUUAGAGAUGAACUCUCCAUGGCUAUACUUGCUCCUGUUAGAAAUCCUGUUGCAUUCAAGGCACUUGGUUUAAACAACCCUCCUGGGAUACUCUUAGCAGGACCACCUGGUUGUGGUAAAACACUUCUAGCUAAAGCUAUAGCUAAUGAAUCAGGGAUCAAUUUUAUAUCUGUCAAAGGGCCAGAACUUUUGAAUAUGUACGUGGGUGAGAGUGAAAGAGCUGUUAGACAGUGUUUCCAAAGAGCAAGGAAUUCAGCACCAUGUGUUAUAUUCUUUGAUGAAUUAGAUGCUCUAUGUCCCAGAAGAGCUAAUGUUUCUGAGUCUGGCUCCAGUGCCCGUGUAGUUAAUCAAUUAUUAACUGAAAUGGAUGGACUAGAAAGCAGAAAACAAGUUUUUAUAAUGGGUGCGACUAAUAGGCCAGAUAUAAUAGACCCAGCUGUACUCAGACCUGGACGACUUGACAAGAUACUUUAUGUGGGUAUACCAAGUCAGGAGGAUAGGAUUAAAAUAUUGACAACUAUUACUAAGAAUGGAACCAAACCAUGCUUAGCUGCUAAUGUUCAUAUUGUGAAUAUAGCAGAAGAUUCUCGAUGUGAAGGAUUUACUGGAGCUGACUUGGCAGCCCUCGUCAGGGAGGCAUCUAUGUCUGCAUUGAAGAAAAUACUAUCUACAGUAACCACCGACACACCCAGUAAUCCAGCAUCCACAUUAAUAGAGGUUGAUAACACCGAUUUUGAUAUUGCAUUUACGAAAGUGAAACCCUCAGUUUCUGUUACGGAUAAGAAAAUGUACGAGAAGAUGAAGUGUGCAUGA